AUGAUUUUUGUUUCUUUUCUCUCUUGCUUCUCUAAGCCAUUGACGAUGGCCCUUAGUAAUUCCAGCUGGAGGCUACUGCAGCCUUCUUUUUUCCUGAUGGGCAUCCCCGGUUUAGAGGAAAGCCAGCACUGGAUAGCAAUGCCACUGAGUGUCCUUUAUCUCUUUGCUGUAAUGGGCAAUGUCACCAUCAUCUUUAUCAUCUGGACUGACCCAUCCUUGCACCAGCCUAUGUACCUCUUUCUGGCCAUGCUCUCUGGCAUUGACCUGGUGCUGGCAUCCUCCACUGCACCCAAAACCCUUGCAGUGCUCCUGGUUCAUGCCCAUGAGAUUGGGUACACUGUCUGCCUGACCCAAAUGUUCUUCAUCCAUGCGUUCUCUUCCAUGGAGUCAGGUGUGCUUGUGGCCAUGGCUCUGGAUCGCUAUGUAGCCAUUUGUCACCCUCUGCACCAUUCCACCAUCUUGCAUCCAGGGAUCAUAGGGCGCAUUGGAAUGGCAGUGCUGGUACGGGGGUUACUCCUCCUCCUCCCCUUCCCUAUCCUGUUGCGGAGACUUAUCUUCUGCCAGGCCACCGUCAUAGGCCAUGCCUAUUGUGAACAUAUGGCUGUGGUGAAACUUGCCUGCUCAGAAACCACAGUGAACCGAGCUUAUGGGUUGGCAGUGGCCCUGCUUGUGGUUGGGCUAGAUGUCGUGGCCAUUGGUAUUUCCUAUGCCUUCAUCCUCCAGACAGUGCUGAAAGUACCAGGGGGUGAGGCCCGACUUAAGGCCUUUAGCACAUGUGGGUCUCACAUUUGUGUCAUCCUGAUCUUCUAUGUUCCUGGAAUAUUCUCCUUCCUCACUCACCGCUUUGGCCACCAUGUACCCCAUCAUGUCCAUGUUCUUCUGGCCACACUCUACCUCCUCGUGCCACCUGCACUCAAUCCUCUUGUCUAUGGGGUAAAGACUCAGCAGAUCCGCCAGCGAGUACUCAGGGUAUUCUCCCGUGGUGAGGGACUGGGAGAUAAAGUCAAUAAAUAA